CUUUUGUCUGGUAUGGACAUUAUCGCAGCCAACUUCACGCUUUUGCGUUGACAAGCCGUCUCUUUCCUGUUGAAUUUUUGACAAAUCAACAACACAAAAAUGGCCAAGCGCACCAAGAAGGUUGGAAUCGUUGGUAAAUAUGGUACCCGUUAUGGUGCCUCCCUUCGUAAGAUGGUCAAGAAGAUGGAAAUCACCCAGCACAGCAAAUAUACCUGCUCGUUCUGCGGCAAGGACUCGAUGAAGCGCUCCGUCGUUGGCAUCUGGUCGUGCAAGCGUUGCAAGCGCACCGUUGCCGGUGGUGCCUGGGUGUACUCAACCACAGCUGCCGCCUCCGUGCGCUCCGCCGUCCGUCGUCUGCGUGAGACCAAGGAACAGUAAAUUAUUAUUAACUUCUGAUGUGGGGCUGCUUCUAAUGCUCCCCGCUAUGUUAGUAGUAUGUUCCAACCCGUAGAUUAUAGACAACGCGAUUACUUCUGUGGUUUGCGCCGCGCCGGUCGACAAAAAAAGAGCCUGUUCUGCUUUAUUCCAUAAGCAAACGUGAGAAAUAAAAAGAAAAUUCUGUUUUACUUUUAACAGUAAAAAUUGCAA